AUGCCGUUCCCUGUGGUUUUCUGCCUGUUUUUCUUCAGUUUUUGCCAUUUAUUCACAAGUAGCAAUCCUCUCCAGCCCGCAGUUCCCCAGGAAGGAGUGUUGGUGGAUGUUUUUCACAAUAGAAGCAUCAUCACUGAUCACCAUCACAUCGAGAAGGAGCUGAAGCACUACCUUGGAGAGCCUAACAUUGAUGAAUUGUCUGUCGAAGAGCUGCAAUUCUAUUAUUUCACUCUGCAUGACUUCGACAAAAAUACAUUCUUGGAUGGCCUGGAAAUAAUUACCGCAUUGGAAGAUUCCCUUGAAGAAACCCUGGAGUCCUUUUCAACAGAAGAAAUGAUGAAAUUGCUAAUAGAAAUGACAGAUGAAGUUUUGGAAAAUGAUGAUAUCGAUAAAGAUGGAUAUUUAUCCUAUUAUGAAUAUAUGCACUCACAAAACAGAACAGCAAGUCCUACCACAAUACUGGAGAAAAGCUCAAAAGAGAAAGCUUAUCAACAUCAAAUCUGA